AUGACCGGCAACAACAAGAACGAGAAUGACGGCGGCGCUUCAACCGUGUCCGACUACAAGACCCUGUGGAUAAAAUCUUCCGGAUUCUUUUCUCUCUACCCGGCGAAGACCGACACCCAGGCCAGUGACAACAGCGAUGCUGUGCUCCUUGAUAUAGCACGUGUUGGAACCUGGGAUUGGGCCUCUGAGUGGGCUGCCAGUGGCGCGAAGAGCGAUGUCUUUGUGUACUAUUUCACCAAGGCUCCUGCCGAAAAUGAGGAAGGUGGUGCUUAUCAUGGUGCUGAGAUCUGCAUUCCCUACUCGGACUACUCCAACGUCACCUGGAAUGACACCGAUUACAAGAUUGAAUCUGUUAUCUCUGCGUACUGGGCCAACUUCAUUCGCACUGGUAACCCCAAUGGUGACGGCUUGAUUCAAUUCCCCCCGUCAUCUAGCAUAUACUCUGCCAUGCACCUCGGUGAAUCUUUCGGCGCGGUACCAAUCGCUGCGUCCAAAAAACGCAUUAGCUUUCUCCGUCGCUGGAUGUCUACUUUGCACCAGUACUAG